AUGAAGACCUACACCAGUGAACAAGUUGCUGAGCAUAACAAGGCUGAUGAUAUUUGGAUUAUUAUCGACGGCAAGGUGUUUGAUGUUACCAACUUUGUUAACGAGCACCCUGGUGGCAAAAAGGUGCUUGUCAAGAUGGCUGGCAAGGACGCAUCGAAAAAGUUCGCUCAAUUCCAUAGCCCCUCUGUGAUGCAAAAAGUUGGCCUUCCCAUGCAGAUCGGUGUUGUAGCUGAUGCCAAGUUGUAA